CCACAGACAAUGUCACAAGGCCACACUUCUUACCCCCAUCCCGAACCCUAAGCGAAAAUGUCCAAACGAGGUCGCGGUGGAACGGCCGGAAACAAGUUCCGGAUGUCUCUGGGGUUGCCGGUGGCGGCGACCGUCAACUGCGCCGAUAAUACCGGCGCCAAGAAUUUGUACAUUAUCUCCGUGAAGGGAAUAAAGGGAAGGCUUAACCGUUUGCCGUCGGCGUGCGUGGGGGAUAUGGUGAUGGCGACGGUGAAGAAGGGGAAACCUGAUUUGAGGAAGAAGGUGAUGCCUGCUGUUAUUGUGAGGCAGCGCAAGCCCUGGAGGAGAAAGGACGGAGUUUACAUGUACUUCGAAGAUAAUGCUGGAGUCAUAGUAAACCCCAAGGGAGAGAUGAAAGGUUCUGCUAUAACUGGUCCGAUCGGGAAGGAGUGCGCCGAUCUAUGGCCAAGGAUUGCUAGUGCAGCGAAUGCCAUUGUUUGAGAGACUUGCUACGUACUUUGUUGUUUAAGAGUGACUUAUGAUUUGCAAAUUGCAACACCCAUACCAUACAUUCUUUCACAAAUUUACUCAUUGUGUUCGAGUCCGAGCCUUUCUAUUUUUAUUAUUACUGUUGUAUUCAAAUCCACAACAUUUAAAACUGUGUCAAUAGCUGCAAGAAAUAUUAGCUUUUCGCAUGUUGGAGGCUGAA